UUCUAGCUGUAGAGCGAGUCGUGCUGCAAUGGUAAGAUGGUCUGACCCGAUCUCUGGUUGCACAUCAAGCAUCUAGGGAGACGCAACUUCGUGCUCAUAGCAGCAGCUCUCACCUCACUUUGUAUGAACACCAAGUCCUUUCUUUUUUCUUUUUUUGUCUGCAUUCUUCACCCCAAAUAAUCCAACAACAGGGUUUUCUUUUGAGGAAAAGGAUUCUUUGGUAGAUAUAUCAAAAGAAAAAAGUAAAGGUUAUUAUACCUUACAGUAUGACUGGAAUAAAUAACCUCACUUUCUAUUAUUAAAAAAACGCUGGCAACUGGGCAGAAGAAAAAAAUCGUACAAGAGGUGCUGUGUUGGUUAGUUUUGCAUUAUCUUUAAACAGGACUGUGGUGAGAGCCCACUCUUUGAAGCGCUUGAGUGAAUCUACUGCAUACUGGAUGAAACAAACCAUCCUUCACGACUAAGUACACCCCCUAAUGCACCACUGAUCUGUUUGGUCCACCUUAGGGUUCGAAUUGAAAUAGAGUGGACAUCAUCAUAUAGUCGGAGUUGGGUUAUCCUGAUAACUCAGCUGGAUCGGACUUGUGGCAGGCUUUGCAGAAAUUGGAACGUAAACAUUAGCUAGAUUGAUCAGCCACUACGGUUCAGGUGGCCAGAACCACUUGGACGUUAGCUUUAAACGGCUGAUUGCUGGAAGUGCACCAGACACAUUUUGUGCUAAACAUUUUGAACGUUCUCUGGAGGAGUACUACCUGGUGUCAUUGUAAUGGAUUUGUCGGGGCUUUCGUGGUUCCUUUUGGGCAGUAUGCUGUGGUUCUGUUUCUGGAUCCCAACGCAUUGCAAUAACGUCCCGAAUGGACCGAAGAGCUGCUCGGAGCUGCGACAGCUUUAUACUACAAAAGGGUUCAGCCCAAGCGGUGUCCCUCCCAAGGAGAUCUCAGGUGAGCACCUGCGGAUCUGCCCUCAAGGCUAUACCUGCUGCACAAGUGAGAUUGAGGAGAACCUGGCUAACAAGAGCAGAAGUGAGUUUGAAGGGAUGGUGAAGGAGGCAGGUCGCUCAGUCCAGCUGACACUUGUGUCCCAGCACAAGGUCUUUGAUGCCUUUUUCCAGGAAGUACUGAAUAAAUCUGAGAAGUCACUUCAAGAAAACUUUCCUGCAAUGUAUGGAGAACUGUACUCACAGAAUGUAAAACUUUUCAAGGAUAUAUAUGGUGAAUUGCGACGAUACCACCGUGGGUCAAACAUCAACCUUGAAGAAGCACUCAAUGAGUUCUGGGCUCGCCUACUGGAAAGACUUUUCAAGCAACUCAACCCUCAGCACCAGAUCACGGAUGAAUACCUUGACUGCAUGCUGAAACACGCAGAGCAGCACCACCCGUUUGGCGAGGUGCCACGAGAGUUAAAACUGAGGGCCACAAGGGCAUUCAUUGCCGUGCGUUCUUUUGUCCAGGGUUUGUCUCUUGGUGGUGAUGUGAUCAGAAAAGUAUCACAGGUGCCCCUGAGUCCAGAAUGUACUCGUGCGAUAAUGAAACUGGUUUAUUGUCCUCACUGCCGUGGACUGUCCAGUGUGAAACCUUGUAGUAACUAUUGCCAUAAUGUUAUGAAGGGUUGCUUAGCCAAUCAGGCUGACCUAGAUGCUGAAUGGAAGAACCUUGUGGAAUCGAUGCUUCAGGUCGCCGACCGCUUUGAAACACCUGCCAGUGUGGAAAUGGUCAUUGGCACAGUUCACAUAAAGAUUUCAGAGGCCAUCACCAUCUUAGAGGAAAACAAAGAUCACUUCACAUCGAAGGUGUUUCAAGGAUGUGGAAACCUGAAGGUGACAGCAAAAGGUUCUGGCAAUGACGACAAGAAGAAACGGGGGAAACAGCACAAUGAGGAAAAGUUUGCAUCCCCAAGUGGUCUUCAGCUAGAAAAACUGGUUUCUGAUGUAAAAGUAAAGCUUAGAGACAUAAAAGAUUACUGGGUAGCUCUACCUAAUGCACUGUGCAAUGAAAGAAUAGCAGCAACUCCAAGCAAUGAAGACAAAUGCUGGAAUGGAAUGACCAAGUCCAGGUAUCUUCCAGAAGUUAUGGGAGAUGGUUUAGCCAAUCAGAUCAACAAUCCUGAAGUGGAAGUUGACAUUACCAAACCAGACUCACUUAUUCGCCAGCAGAUCUUGCAGCUAAAGAUCAUGACAAACCGCUUAAAGAAUGCGUACAAUGGCAACGAUGUGGAUUUCCAAGAUGCCAGUGAUGAUAUCAGUGGUUCAGGAAGUGGAGAUGGAUGCUCUGAACAAGCUUGUGUAGGCGGAAGCAGCAGAAGGUCCAACAAUCUUAACCCAGCAGGUUCUGGUCCAGAGCUUAAGCAAACCACUCAGUCCAAAAAUGAAGCCAAUAGCAAGCCAAUACCCACAUCUCUGCUCUUCUCCUUUGUUGUAGUUUUCCUGGCAGUACAGAAUCACCGGAGGUAAUCCGCUUAUGUUGGAUGAGAAAUGGGACUAAGUUUGGGGGUUGUUGUUUGUUUUUUGAGGGGGGAGGGGAGGGCCAGGUGUUUUGAAGCAUUGCCAAAAUAAAAAUGGACAGUGUUGAUUUCAUCUUGGCAAAGCAAAUGCCUUUUGUUUGAUAUUCUGGCAGCAUCAAAUCUGCUUUUUUUUCACCUGCCCUUGCAUCUAUGACACUGGAGACUAACUUCUGCAGCUCAGCUCUUUGCAGGAUGGUCAUUCUGAAACAGAAGGUAAAUUUGCAAAGGGAACUUAAAGUUGCAGUCUACCUAUGCUAAUAAUGAGUGUGUCUAAAGAAACGUGGAUGUUUGUUUUACCACAGUAAUGAGAGUGAUGGAAAAAAGACAGAAAAAAACAUACUACCGUAAAUGCAUCAAUCGUUGAACCUUACUGGAUUAAUUGGCUUAUGAAACAAGUAGCUGCUCUUUUCAUUGUGUGCAUUCUGCUGGUUUUAACCUUCAGUGCUGCAUUUGUUUUGGGAAGUACUAUAUGUACACAUCCAGUCUGUGCUAAGGGACUGACUCACACUGACUCUUGCAAACUCCAUUAGAUUGUCUCCUGUCUGAGUAUUAACAUGUGUCCUCCUGUCUUCCUCACAUCAUCUUAAUGCAUUAUUGAAUGAGUCUAGGCACCUUCUUAAGAACUGUUACUUGGGCAACAUAAUAGUCCUAGCGUCCAUCAUAGUGGACAACAUGACAGCAAUGUAAUUGCUAACUGCCAUCUUUAGGUUUCCAAAUAUAAUGUAUUAAAUUAUAACGACAUUCUUCUUACUGCUAGAGAAGAUGCAAAAGAAUAGAUCUGGAAAAAAAAAAUUCUCUACUAUGGUGGUGCUGGUUGCAACUUUAUUUUCUUACUUCUUUUGAAAUACUAUGCAUGAUGUUCAAGGAAAAGUUUCUGCUUAAUCAGUCAUGUUACACAAUGUAAUGCAUUAUUCUGUACAAAAUGGAAGAGUAAGACACAUUUUAUGCAUGGUGCAAGUCAGUUCAGAAAAUGUUGAACAAUAUCACUGUAAAAUCUGUAACCCGGUAACAAUAGCAGAUGAUGGUUUGAAGUAUAAUUGUUUUUAAGUUUAACAAACUGCUGCCAAGGGUUUUUGUCUAUGAGGCCGUGUAAAUUCUAAAAGAGAUGUUAUAAUCUCUGGCAUAUUUUUAAAGCAUGGAUUAUAAGUCUAUGUCGCAGGAGAUGUGCUAAUUUUUCCAUUGAUAUCAUCACUGAGUUGAAAUGAUAGUAAAUGUAAUUCUAUAUGCAUGUGCAUAUAAAAAGGAAUAUACACGUUUUAUGUGUGUGUGUGUGUGUGUGUGUGUGUGUGUGUGUGUGUGUGUG